AGAUUGAGGUGACCUACUUUUAUCUUUAAUCAAUCCUUAGACUAGAGUUUCCUCAUAUUCUCCACUCAAAACCUCAAAAAACCGAUUAACUAAUUGGCAACUAGGUGGGAAGUAGGCUUGGAUACCAGGACUUGGGUAGAAUACGGCCUUGAUUACCACUAUAAGACAACACCAUUCUAGAUUAAACUUGGCAUAGGAUAGGAUAUUUGUGGAUACAUGCAAACCUCUAACGAAAACCUGCACGGAUUGAAGUGAUCAGUCACCGAUCUAUAAUAUGAAAGGAUGAAAAUAAUAUGCCUUUCACUUGUCAUCAACAUGAAAUAUUGGCAGGAGACCAAUAUUUCCCAUCUUUCUUUACUUUGUUUCUCGGCUCCCAAUGCCACUUCUCUAGUUUUUCAAGCGCCUCAGCAAAACCACAAGUUUUCGCGUGCAACUCUACUGGCUUAGAUAGAAUCAAAACCACUGACCCAUUUUCUGAUUUUUUCCUGGGUUGUUUGUUUUAUUUUGACAAACUCACCAAGUAAUAACGCUUGGUAUGUACCUACUAGCUGCUCCAAUUUAGGUCAAGUAUACUUUAAAUUGGUGAAGUAGUAUAGUGAUGACUACCCAAGGUUGUAACCCUUGGGAUUUGUGGAAACUGUCAAUUCUCUCAGAUAAAAGUGUUAUCUAGUCAAUCAAUUGUUGAUAUUUAAACUACACAACCUGCAAUUUCAAUUUAGGGUUAAUACAUUAUUUUGGUCCGAACUAUGAUUAUAUAAUCAACUUUGGCCUGUGGUUUCAGAAAUUAACAUCCUGGCCUCAACUAUACAUCAUAUAGACUCAAUUGGCCUGACACAUGGUUUGACCGUCAAUUUGGAUGGUCAACAUCGUUGACCGUUAGUCAACACGCCAUGUCAGUGCCUCGUCAGCCUAAAAAUUAUUAAAAAAAUCAAAUUCAAUUUAUUUUUCCUAAUUUCUAUUAUUUAUCAUUUUCAAAUUAACCAAAAAAUAAAAUUUAAAAAAUAUAAAAUAAAUUAUUUUAUAUAUUUAACAUUACCCAAAAAUGAAAUAUAUAAUUUAUAUCAUAUUUUCUAAAUUUAAAAAAUUACUUUGAUAAUUUUUGGUUAAUUUAUAAAAUUUAUCAUUUUCAAAUAUCCCAAAAAACAAAAUAAAAAUUUUAUUUUAUAUUUUCUAAAUUUUAUUUUUUGGUUAAUUUGAAAAUGAUAAAUAAUAGAAAUUAGGAAAAUAAUUUGAAUUUGAUUUUUUUAAUAACUUUUAGGCUGACGAGGCAAUGACAUGGCGUGUUGACUAACGGUCAACGGUGUUGAGCAUCCAAAUUGACGGUCAAACCAUGUGUCAGGCCAAUUGAGUCUAUAUGCUGUAUAGUUGAGGCCAGAAUGUUAAUUUCUGAAACCACGAGCAAAAGUUGAUUAUAUGGUCAUAGUUGGGCCAAAAUAAGCUAAUUCAAUCUCAGAUAAAAGUGUUAUCUAGUCAAUCAAUUGCUCACGUUGGAAGUCCAAACUACCUCCCAACACCAACAGUCAUGGUGACUGAUCUCAACACCAGCAACAGCACCGAUUUCGUCCUCAGCAGCAGAGCUUUCAUGGCCAUGGCCAGCGAAGGCAAAGCCUCCGAAGUUCUCAAGCGCGGGAUCGCCGACGUCGAAUACAAAAGGGUGCCAUGUGAGUUCAAGACCAAGAAUUUAGCGGUGAGGGUGGAGGAGUCGAGCCAAAGCCGCAUUACUUGGCGGUCAAGGUCGAUGGGGAUAUCAAUCUCUUCUCAUCCAGGCGAUCCCCGUUUGCAAAACCCCUUUCGCUCGUUUCGGCGUUUCCUCAAUGGCUCUGCCUGUCUUGCUUUCUGGAGAGAUGUUCGUUUCGGCCGUAAUCACGGUGGAGAUUCUUUGUUCCUCCGACGCCAAUUCCAAGCCGCCGGCAUCAACGCUUGCUGGCGAAAAAAAAACCACAUUCAACAUAUCCCUUCCGGUAAACACUACGAGGGUAAUGACAACAUAAUUCUCCUAUCCAAGCCAUCUGUGUUUGAUAUUCAUGGUGGUCGGUUCUCAUCAUCUUAUAAUCAUCUCGUCCUAGUGACGACGUAAUUCUACUAUCCAAACCAUCUGUGUUUGAUAUUCAUGUUGGAUCAAUCCCUCUAGGCUGAUUGAUAUUCGGAGAUGUACUCUAUCGAUCUUAUUCACUUUCCAAAUUGAAGUUGGCCCUCGUCUUUUCCUAAAAAGUUAAAAGGUAUACUCUGGCGCCCCUGCAUUCGAUGACUUCUUUGCCUGCCGGAAUAUUCCUGCGUAAUUUUCUGGUGAACGGAUCAUUUUCCGGUCAUUUUCAGAGUAUUAACUAUCUUUUAUUUUUGGAAAGAACCUUAAACGUGCUAUUAAAGACUAUCUUUGACCGAAUAGUAACGUUAAUUCUGGAAUUUGUUCAAAAUUCAUUUUUCAAUUUUGAAUAUUGACUAGCUCAUUUAAGAUUUUCUAAUGAUCCACUAUGUAUUAACUCCAUUUCCUUUUCUCCCAUCUCUCUCGGGUGAUCGGUAAAUAUCAGUAUAUUUCGUUCUCCUCCCCGACGAGCUCGCGGUGAUGCUUGUCUGUAUUAACUUCAAUCUUUAACCCGGCUGAUUAUGAAGAUCUAAUUACCGGGAUUUUGUUACUAUUUCUUCAAGAUUCAAUUUCAAAUUAAAUCUGUAGGCAUUAAUCUUGGCACAUCCGUUGCUAAUUUUUCUCCCUAAUUUAUUAGACUGGUUGUUUCCUUCUUGGUAGGGUUUUAAUUUCCUUAUUUUUUUUAUUUGGGCCUAUUAGCAGUAGUAUUAGGUAAUUUUUUAGGUACGUGUCCUCGUUCAAUUAAUUUCUCUUUCCUCUCCUUUUUCCUUUUACGUUUAUAGCUUUUAUUUUAUUUCCCUCCAUUAUCGUUCUUAUUUUAUUUUCUCAUUUCACCACUAUUGAUUUAGGUUCAGAUAAAGUUUCCCCAUUCUUAUUUAUUUUAAUUACUUUCGUAUUACUUUUAUUGGUUGUCUUCUCUAAUGGAGACUCAUCUUCCAUUUAUUGCAAUUUCCAUUUUUCAUAGUUUAUUUAUACAAUUGUUAUUGUUGGUGUAUUCGUAAAUUCAGAAUUUUCCUUAAAUACUCACAUAUAACUCGUGUGACAGAGUUUUGUAUUUUCCUGUAUGGGCGGUGUGUUUGCUUUGUUUUGCAGGAGUUCUUUCCAUUGCUUUGGCGUUUGUACGCAAUCCAUAUGGUUUAUUACUCUCAUGAAAGGGUAAUAGUAAGGAAAUUCUAUCCUUCUCUCUCUAUCUGAGUCAGUUUCGGUCAUUUCGCUCCUCGGGCCUUUCAUAGAGCUGCCCACCUCGUGGCAUAAAAGGUUUUUUUAUCGGGAGUCUGGUUGCAUACGGACUACCGUUCUUUAUUUUUGUUUGUCGUUUUAUAUGUUGUCCGGCCUUGCCCUGGGGGCUUAUCUUGAAUAAAAAAAAAAAAAAUCAAUUGCUCAUGUUUAAACUACACGACCUACGAUUUCAAUUUAACUAACAAUACAGAGAAAUAGAGUACCUGCGGUUGCUUUCCCCCUAACUUAACUUGAGGGAAGGUAACAAUCAUGAAAUCCAUUUACAUCCUUCCUGUUGUCUAUUGCGCAAGAAUAAGAACUGAGGCAAUCGGGUCAAUAGUCAUGUACUCACUUGUCCACCAUAGUUAUGGUUUAAGCUCUCGAAUCAGGGACAAGCUAACAAUCACAUAAAUAUGUAAAUAAUUUUUUUUUAGAAUGAUAGGUAAAUAUAUUUAAAUUGGUUUUAGGUUUAAACUUAAACCAAUUAGAUGACCACUUUCAUGGGGCAGGAACCACAUAAUCCAUACACAAUCAAGGCAUGAGAUAAUAAUCAAAGCAAGCAAAUAGACACAAUUUACUAGGAAACGAACAAAUACAUUCAUUACAUAUCACUAAUUCCUACAUUAGUUUAAGUAUUCUUGCCCCCAAGUACCUAAGAAACUCCCUCAUAAAAGGGAGAAGUAACACAAAAGGAGGAGGAUACGAUCAUCUUAUUAAGGGCUUCAAUUUCAGAAAUCAGCUCCAAAGCUUUCCCAGUUAGUGACCUCUUCUUCUCCAGACUUCCCUUUAUUCAUCAAGUGGAAACCAUUGCUUCUUCUCACUCUAAGUGUGCUGAAAAUUGGAAAAUGAGCUCUUCUCCUCUAUAAGAUCGACAUUGCUAUGUUUAGGUUUGGGGGAUGAAUGAGUUCACUGCCGUGUACUUCCAACCGAGUCGGUGAACUUUCGAAAUUCCAUCGUUAUGCCUCUGGGUGACUGUUUCCGAUCAUGACCUCUUCGUGACUGCCGUGAUUUUUGAAUCACGGUCUGCUACGUAAUUCCCCGUGACUCCGACCAUGAUAUCUUAUAUUAUCAUUGGCUUGUCCACAAAAAUGAGUUCACAUCCUUAGCACGGAGAUCACGAGCGUGAUAUUCUGCAUUGACUUGUAAACUCGGGUCACGGCUCGGAUCUUGAUCAUGAACUUCCCCUUCUUUUGUGAACCCUACAACUGUUGCCAAUUUGCCUCGAUUUCGUCAGCUAAACACUCACAGUCAUCAUCCAAAACCUGUCCACAAUAAGUAUAAAAGCGAUCUUAGACUAUACCGCAAUAUUGUAAGUCACAACUACACUCAAUUGAUCAUGAUAACAACUAACAUUAGCAUAAUGAAAAUACCUAUUUUAGGUGGUCAAAUCCCCUCACACUCAGUCGUUUGUUUGUCCCCAAAUAAAAAUAGUAAGCAUAUGAUAAAAUCAUGCAAUUCAAAUCCUUUAUAUCCCCCACACUUGAUGCGGAUUAUUGGAGGUGGAUCACAAGCUACUAGGGAUGCCUUGACCAUCCACUACGAUGAACUACCUAAUCAAGAAUCUUGGAUGGAAUGCCCUCAGGAGAGAGGAGAAAGGAGGAAGGUACAAAAUUGGACUCAAGUACCUACCAUGGGGGUACAAAAUUGGACUCAAGGGUAUCUACCAUCCACCGAAUGGUGUUACCCCAUGACUUCGAGAAGGAAUGAAAGCCAAGGAUCUUGGUUUCAACAACCACCUCUCUAUGCUCAUCAUUUGUAUCCCCAUGGUCACCAAGCUCUACCACCACCAUAUCUAGAACUACCUCAACAAUCUAGGGUGAAGACCGAAUUUGAGAUGACCCUUGAGCGAUUUGAGGCGAGUAUGAAGCAAGUGGAGGUCAUUGAGAGAUCCCACCUUACUCCACCACUGGACCGAAGACCAAGAGCCUUCAAGAGUUGGCAUCCGAGCGCUGCAAGAUCCCAAUAAAAUGUCUCAAUGUUA